GAAUUUAAGAAGUUGCAUAUAUUGACUCUUCCUAACUUUUUAAGUAUUGAAGUAUUAUCCUUGUUUCAGAAGUUGGAUUCAGAGCUUUUUUUUUUAAUGUUUCAGGAACUUCUGUGAUUUGUUGAAUCAGUAGGAUUUCUUAAAUGUAGUUUUUAGAACUUCAGCUAUAAAAAAUGGGUAGGAUUUUCCUCGAUCAUAUCGGUGGUACCCGCCUGUUUUCCUGCGCAAACUGUGAUACGAUCCUGACCAACCGCUCAGAGCUCAUCUCCACUCGGUUCACAGGCGCCACUGGCAGAGCAUUUCUUUUUAACAAGGUAGUUAACCUGCAGUACAGUGAAGUUCAAGACCGGGUUAUGCUCACUGGCCGCCACAUGGUUCGAGAUGUGAGCUGCAAAAACUGCAAUAGCAAACUGGGAUGGAUCUAUGAGUUUGCCACUGAAGACAGCCAGCGUUAUAAGGAAGGCCGUGUGAUCCUGGAACGUGCUCUAGUUCGAGAAAGUGAGGGUUUUGAGGAGCAUGUACCAUCUGAUAACUCUUGAAGAAAAAGAGAUAAAUUCAUCUUUUCCCAGGUCUCCUUCACUGAAAACAAAAAUCUACUUACAUACACUGUCACCUUAGCAUCAGAGUCGGAUUCAUGAACUGCAGAACAAGAGGUUGUGAGAAUCUAUGAUGGAACUUUUCUUUCCUUCUAUUUUUUUUUAAUUUUCUAUUUUCCAUCCAACAGCAGUGUGUAGAAAGAAUAUUAUGCAGAUGCCAUUAAUUUUUUCCCCCUAUGUUUACAUCUUGAGAGAGAAUAGUCUACCUGCAGCUACGUGGUAGGCUAUGUGAGGGAAAAAAUCUGGGCUAUUACAGUGAAAGUGUCUUAUGUAAAUUUUGAAAGGAAAAUGUGUCAAGAGCAUGGUUUUUAAAUUUAUUUGGGCUUCGUUUUAAACUUUUUUUAAAACCCAGUUAUUUCACUUGAUUUGCUAGUUUCAGAGAAGAGAUCCGAAUUUGUGACCAGCGCUAAAGGUUCAGUGUUAGUAUGGCUUGUGCUGGCCAUUGUGCCAUAUUCUUGUUGGAGAUGAACCGUAGCACCAGAGCCCAUUCUUCCUUGUCAGUCUUGACCCAAAGAUGUCACCAUUCCUAGUUAUUUGUCACCACAUAAUUGGUGUUGAUUGGAAGCUUUUCCUGAUAUGGGACAGAACUGCUUGGUUGUCUUUUCCAUGUAACUUAAGCAUAGUAAUAUAAAUAAAGUAAUAGUUGGAUGUUUUUGGUCCUGUGUUGCUUUUAAAAUCACCUUUUAAAAGAGCAGAGUAUUUGAUAUGUAAUUUUCAUAGUGUUUCUUUUCAUCUCUUAAGCUAAAUUGACUGUGUAUAAGAUAAUGCUUUGUUUAAAUUAAAGCAUACUGUUUAAACCCACAGUAUUGCAUUUAGAAAACAGUUUGAACAGAAUGUCAGUGUGCAUUCAUGCAGAAGCGUCUCAUCUGCAUCUGUUUUAAAAGGAGGGAAAUGAAGCAGCUUAUCUGAAAAUUAUGCUUUGCAAAGUGUUGCAGCUUGCCCUCCUCAGUUUUGCAUUAUUUUGACAAGCCUAUAGGGCCUGAUCGUUACCAUUUAAAGGACUAGAAAUCUCUUGGCAUUAUUUUCUUAGAGCAUCCCUCAGAAGUUCAGCUGUUGAAAUCAAAACUUAACUUGGUCCCUUCAAGUGGAAAGGGAGCAGAUUUGACUCAGGGGGUUACUUUAGCCCAAAAUUUACAACAGUAUGAAGUAUUAAAAUGUAAAUGUCUCUUUAUCCAAACUAUUUCUAGAUAAUCUAGUAUUUGUUUCUGGUGAAAUAAAUGGCAUUAAAGUUGGCUAAAUACUUACAUGAAUGAAUAGAUGUUUGCCCAAUUUCUAGGUCUUUGUCUAGAGAUGAAAUUUGCCUCAAAUUAGCAAAAUCUUUCUGUCAUUGAUAUUAGAAGUGACUUCCGAGUACAGUUAGGAUUAAUUUUCUCUUAAUUGCUUUUGGGCUCUUGGUUAGAGGCAUAGGUCAUUUGGUAGGUGUAUAAUAUUGUAUUUGAGAUACGUGGACACAAAUUCUUCUCUUUCCUUCACCAUAGACUUAAUCUACAAGCAUUAAGAAACAACAUUCAUUCCCAUUCAUUUCCAUACCAGCCUUUGAUUAUAUGCAGAUUCCUAGUAGCAUGCCUUACUUACAGCACUAUGUGCAUUUGCUGUCACAAUAAAGUAUAUUUUGUCUUGCA